UCCUCUGCAGUAUUUCCUAGCAACCUUUUCGGCGUCAAUCAUUUAGCAGUACAAUAAUGAUUGUAAAUAAGAUUUAACCUGGAUUUAGACCUAGAUCUAGUCUAUACUUAGUCAAGGAUCGACAAUAGAAAACAGUUUUAGCCAUCGCAAAUGUCUGAGGCUGAAGAUUAUCAGCCAACGGAAGAGGAAAAUGCAGCUGAAAAUGAAGGAGAUAACCAAGAUACUAAUUUGAAUAGCUCUGAGCCCUUUGAUGACACUAAAGAGGAAGAAGGGGAAAUAAAUGAAGAUGAAAUAAAUGUUGUACAAAUUACUGAUGGUGGAGGUAACCCAGAAGAUCAGAUUGAUAACAAUACUAAUCAAUCAGGUCUUGAUGAUGACAGGCUAGAGGAAGAAGAGGAUAUUGAGAAAAGAGCUGAGGAGAACUUGGGAGAAGAGGCAGAAGAUCAAGAAGUGAAUGAAAAUGAUUUUGAAGAAAUCAAUGAUGGGGAUGCCCAAUUUGAUAAUGCACCUGAAGAACAGCUAGAUGAAUUUCAAAGUGGGGAAGUUACUGAAGUACAUAAUGAUUUAGAUAAUGAUGAUGAACUAAUUGAUCAGGCCCAAACAGAUGAGGAAGAAGCUAAUGAAGAGCAGAAUAAUCUAGAUCAAGAUGAAUACACUGAACUAAAUAAAGAAUCAACAGAAAUGGUGGAUAAUUAUCAAAAUAUUGAUGAGAAUAUUGAGGGAAACACAUUUGAAGAUCAUGAUGAACUAUACAAUGAGACCAUGGAAGAACAUAUUGAUGGAGAAAAAACACCAGAGCUUGGCGGCGAAAAUGAUGAUUAUCUAGAAGCUGAAGAGGAAGAUGAAGAAAAAAAAGAAUUUGAUAACAAUUUUGAUGAUACAAACUUGCAAGCUCUGAGAGAAUUUAGUGAGGCAUUUGCUAACCAAAUCUUAAUUGCUGCUCAAAAUGAAGAACAAAGAGCAAGGGAAAGAGCUGAGUUAAAUUAUUCAGAAUCUGAAAAGGAAGAUGUUGAAAAUAAAGGUAUCCAAAGUACACCUACAAUUGACAUCCAAGCAGAAGAUUACAACACAGAUCAACAGAUUGAAAUAUCCCAAGAAGCUGAAGAUCAAAGAACAGAGGCGGACAAUGAUCCUUCUACCACCAGUCUUUAUGAAAAAGAUGAUAAAGAGUUGCCAGAUAUGAACAAAAAUGCAAAUUCACUUGGUAAUUGGGGAACCAACUCACCAAACAACUUUCCUUCUCCUGAGAGGUCAUAUUCUAGCAUUGAAGGUCAAAUGUCCACAUCAGCUUUAAACAUUGUCUGGUCAUUUGGAUUGAAUCGUAAUGUACCUGUCCUGAAUCUGAGCGAUGGUGUUCGUCAGGCUAUCAUGUAUUCCUGUGCACAUGUUGGUAUCAUGUAUGACUACAAAAACAACAAGCAACAUAUUUUGCAAGCUCAUCUCAACCCAAUAACAUGUUCUGCUGUAUCUCAAGAUAAAAGAUGGCUAGUAACAGGAGAUGUUGGUCCUGAUGCAAUGGUGAACAUUUGGGACACGUACACAGGGACUCCAAUACAAACAAUGUUUGAUCCUAAUCCAAAGGGAGGUGUAGUGGCAGUUGCUCUCACACCAGACUCAAGAUAUUUGGCUACACUUAGUGCAUUACCAAUACAGACCUUAGCCAUCUGGGACUGGACAGUGGAUGGUGAUGUGCCUAUCUGUUCAGCUGAUCUUAAACCAGAAUAUGGACUUCAGAACUUCAUUGCAUUUGAUUCAACAGAUGUUCACCAUUUAGUUACCAACAGUGAAAGUCAGGUGCUAUUUUAUAACUGGGAAGACAGCUUAAUUAAGUAUUAUGCACCACCACUUAGUGACAGUGAUUUCAACAAACCUGUCGGUCGCUAUAGCCAAUCCAUGUUUCAAAUUGGAAUAGCAAGGGCUUUAACCGCUACCUCUAUUGGAAACUUGGUUGUUUGGGAUAACAACAGACCCUUGUCAAUGAUGUACCUUAAACCAGAAAUUGAUGUGUGGACAGGACUACCUAUCAUGGAUGUCAACCAAAGUGCCGACAAAAAGCCUUUAAAGAUUAUCAAAGUUCAUGACAAAGGAAUCAAUGUUCUAACAAAUACUGACAAUUAUAUUGUAAUUGGCGAUACAGCAGGUCAUAUCAAGUUCUAUGAUCAGUGCCUGCGUCUCAUUUAUUGGUAUCAAGAAUUUCAUUCUGGUCCAUGUACAUCGAUUUCUUUUGCCUAUAUGCCAGAUUUUGUCACAGUAGCUACAGAGGGCAGUAAAUAUCCUUCAGAUGCCACAAAGCAAGCCAAACCUUUUGUGAUUAGAGAUUUCAUUGUAGGAACCUCAAUUGCAAUUUACUGCAGUAUCAACACAGAUGGAUCCAAAAUCAAAGUCAUCCAUAGAGAGCAUGAUGCUGCAGUGCAUGCUUUGGCUGCCCAUCCAAAAUUACCCAUUCUGGCUAUCGGCAGUUACUCUGGUUUACUGAAACUCUGGAACUAUAGAACAAAAGAAGUCGUGGCUUCAAAGAUAUUUGAAAAAUGUCACAUUCAGUGCUGUGCUUUUGACCCAAAAGGAUUUUAUAUAGCUUUAGGCUUAACAAAUGGAAUAGUUCAUCUUGUGGACGCAGUUGCUUUGUUGGAACAACUUAAAGAACCUUUCAGAUAUGCCAAAGAUACAAUUACACACAUCACUUUCAGCCAUAAUUCACAAUAUUUGGCAACAGCAGAUGCUGGCUUUACAAUAACUGUUUAUAAAAGACAGCGUAAAGAAGGACGUAGUCCAUAUAUAUGGCAUGGCCGGUAUAGGUCUCAUUAUAAACCUAUCAAGGAUUUACUUUUUGAAAUUCAUCUGGAUACAAACCAGCCUAAACUCUUGUCUUUAGGAGAAGACAGAAUGCUUAUUGAGUAUGAUCUAAAUAUUCACGGCAAAGCCAAUAAGUUGAUGCCUAUUGCCUUUGACAGAAUAGAGCAGGCUGCCAUCCCACAGUGCAUGACUAAAUACCCACCAAUUACAAAAGAGAAUUUCUUCCUAACUGCAAAUGAUCAGUACAAAUUGAAAUGUUAUAACAGCACAACAAAGAUGUGCAGAAAAACUGUCUUGGGACCAACAUAUGGCUCUCCUAUAAGAAAAAUGAUGGUUGUUCCUACUGACAAGGAUGAGAGUAGAAAUAGAUUUUUGGCUUACAUCACUGAUGAUAAAGUUGGACUCCAUUUUCUGCCAGCCACUGGCAAUCCACAUUUGGCAAUGGCUUUGAUUGCGCAUCCUAGUGGUGUGUCCAACCUGACUUGUAGUUUUGAUGGUGCUUACCUGUUUACUGCUGGAGGACCAGACUUUGCUGUUCAUAUGUGGGAAAUCAAUAUUGCAGCUUUAAGUGCACAGGCCAAAUUGGGAGGUGAAGAUUUAGUUCCUUUCUAUGGCCUUUUGGAAGGAGGACGAGAUGGAGAACUAUUUGCAGAACUGGAAGAGUUGUUUUAUUAUGCUCAACUGAGACACCAAGGUAUCAAUUCUUUGGAAACAAGGCAAAUCAGUAACAGAGUACCCCUCACUGAAGUGCCCUACAUUAUGAGAGCUAUGGGAUUUUACCCAUCAGAACAGGAAAUUGAAGACAUGUUGAAUGAAAUUAAGUAUGAUGAAUAUGUUAACUUAGGACACUACCAGGAGGAUAUUGACCUUGGAGGUUUUAUUAAACUCUAUGUGAACCACAGACCUGCUUUUGGUUUAUCUGCUGAGAAACUACUGUGGGCCUUCGAAACACUGGCAGAAAAUGUUGAGCCUGAUAAAGGUGGAGUCAUUGAAAGAGGAGAUUUUCUCAACCUGUUGACUAAUAAAGGUGAGCACAUGACAGAAGAGGAAUUAACAGAGCACCUGACAACACUUCUGGGGUUUAACAGAGAGGGGGGCUCCUGUGAGGAGGAGCCAUUGGAGUCUGAUGCAGCAGGUGCUUUCAUAGCAGACACUCUCCCAUUUGAUAUCAAUGCUGAAAUUUUAAUCAAUGAAAUACUUGGAUUCUCCAUGACAGUUGACCCACCAGCCAAAGUGGACACAAAAGAUGUAGUUAAAUUUUGAUGGGACAGCCAGUAUUUUAUUGUUUGCACUUUCUUUUUUUUUUUUUCAGACAUUUUAAAAGCUAUUCAGUUAUGGCAAGAUCAUGGAGCCAAACAUUUUAUUUGAACAUAGAUUUAUAUUAUUUAUAAAUCAAAAUUUAAAACAUUUGAGUGAAUGAAUGUUUGUAUAGAUAUGGAUUAAUCUUUUUCAUGCUGGCAUAAAUUUUAAUACAGUAUCUAUGAAUUGUACAAAGAAAUGAACUUUCAAAAAACCUUGAUCAAAAUUUAAAACCAAUUUAACAUAUUAUAUAUAAUUGUUGAAUGAAAUUUUAGUAUUACUUUGUAUGCUCAAGUUAUUCUGAAUGAAUUUUAAAGUGAACUGAUCAUGCUAAACAGUGUAAUGAACAUGAUCUUCAGCUAUAUUUUGUUUUAUUGCUAGUUGAUAAACAAAGUUUUUGUAUAACUUAAUUGUAUUCAUUAUAAAUCAACAUUACUGCAUAGAGUUGUCUUUCAUAGCAAACAAUGUGUUUUGGUAAAAUGAAAUUUUGUGAUACAAGUAGAUUUUAAGGCUACAACAAAUGACUUCAAUAUAUGUAAAUAAAAUAAUGAAACAAAGAAAAUAAACGUGAAUAAACAUUUAUUUGUUUCUAUAAUACAAAAUUCCCAGCUAAAGUUAAUCCAUUAAUCUUCACAAAGUUCAGUGGAAUAGUGUCUUUUUUAAUCUUUUUUGCAUAACUUGAUAUUAUCUGUUAAGAAAUAUUGAUAACUAUGUUAGAUUAUUAAAAAAGAAGAUAAUUGACAAUUUCAUAGAUGAGUACAUGUCUAGUGGUAGGCAGAAAUGUUAAUGAAGAAUAAAAUGGUGCAAGAACCAAGUCUACU